AUGAAGUUCCCUACUUUCAUCGCCGCCACCAUCUUCCUCGGCCUGGGCGCCAACGCGUCUGCCGUCCCCGACACCGUCGCAGCGAUGGCAGCCGGCAUUGGUGGGAACAAGCACUACGGCAAAUGCUUCGCCGGCCUGAAUCAGUGUGUAAUCAACCAGAAGCACGGAGAGCGCAGAAUCGACUGCAGGAAACCGUAA